GAACGGGACGUGGGCACCCAGCCGUGGGUGAGGACCCACCCCGCUGGGAUGGCGGCACGCGGGGCGCCGUGGGGUCCGCGUGGGGUCCGUGUGGGGUCUGUAUGGGGUUCCCAGCCCCCCGUCACCCCACAGAAGUUCGACCCCGAGCUGUACAAGCUGGCCAUGCCGUGCCUCUGCGCCAUCGCGGGCGCUUUGCCCCCCGACUACGUGGACGCCAGCUACUCCUCCAAGACGGAGAAGAAGGCGUCGGUGGACGCCGAGGGCAACUUCGACCCCAAACCCGUCGAGACCCUCAACGUCAUCAUCCCCGAAAAGUUGGACGGCUUCAUCAACAAAUACGCGGAGUUCACUCACGAGAAGUGGGCGUUCGAUAAGAUCCAGAACAACUGGACCUAUGGGGAGACGGUGGACGAGGAGGCCAAAACCCACCCCAUGCUGCGGCCCUACAAGACCUUCUCAGAGAAGGACAAGGAGAUUUACCGCUGGCCCAUUAAGGAGUCGCUGAAGGCGAUGCUGGCGUGGGAGUGGAUGGUGGAAAAGGCACGGGAGGGCGACGAGGAGAAGGCAGAGAAGAAGAAAACCCGAAAGAUCUCCCAGUCAGCUCAGGCCACCUACGACCCCAGCCAUGGCUACAACCCCCAACCCGUGGACCUCUCAGGGGUGACGCUGUCCCGAGAGCUGCAGGCGAUGGCGGAGCAGCUGGCCGAGAACUACCACAACACGUGGGGCCGCAAGAAGAAGCAGGAGCUGGAGGCCAAGGGGGGGGGCUCGCACCCCCUGCUGGUGCCCUACGACACGCUGACGGCCAAGGAGAAGGCGCGCGACCGCGAGAAGGCGCAGGAGCUGCUCAAGUUCCUACAGCUGAACGGAUACGCCGUCACACGGUGGUUGGACACGUCCUCCAUCGAGAAGCGCUUCGCCUACGGCUUCCUCCAGCAGCUGCUGCGCUGGAUGGACAUCUCCCAGGAGUUCAUCGCCCACCUGGAGGCUGUGGUGAGCAGCGGCCGCGUGGAAAAGUCGCCCCACGAACAGGAGAUCAAAUUCUUCGCCAAGAUCCUCCUGCCCCUCAUCAACCAGUACUUCCACAACCACUGCCUCUACUUCCUCUCCACCCCCGCCAAAGUGCUGGGCAGCGGCGGCCACGCAUCCAACAAGGAGAAGGAGAUGAUCACCAGCCUGUUCUGCAAGCUGGCCGCGCUCGUCCGCCACCGCGUCACCCUCUUUGGCACCGACGCGCCGGCCGUGGUCAACUGCCUCCACAUCCUGGCACGGUCGCUGGACGCCAGGACAGUGAUGAAGUCCGGCCCCGAGAUCGUGAAGGCCGGGCUGCGCUCCUUCUUCGAGAGCGCUUCGGAGGACAUCGAGAAGAUGGUGGAGAACCUGAAGCUGGGCAAGGUGACGCAGAGCCGCACGCAGGUGAAGGGGGUGGCCCAGAACAUCAACUACACCACCGUGGCUCUGCUGCCCGUCCUCACCUCGCUCUUCGAGCACAUCGCCCAGCACCAGUUUGGGGACGACGUCAUCCUGGACGACGUCCAGGUCUCGUGUUACCGCAUCCUGUGCAGCAUUUACUCCUUGGGCACCACGAGGAACCCCUACGUGGAAAG